AUGAGUAAUUUGCCCGUGAAUGAAGCUCCUCUCCAUGUAAUUUCAUCCAAGAAGAUUCUUGGAACCACAGAUCUCUUCAUAUUAAUAAAUCCAAACAGGUCAUUGCAAUUUUUCAUUCCUGCACAACAAGCAAAAGAAAGUACCGGACAAAUCAUCGAGAUUACUCUUGAUGAGAAAGAUAAUUACGCAGUAAAUAUAGUUUACUUUUCAAAAGUUAGAAAAAUCGGCGAAAUACCUAAACAAGUCAAGCUGAAAUUCGAUAGUUCAAAAAAUCUCGAUCAUUUCAUGGCAAAUUACUCAUCAGCAGCGUCAAACAUAAAUUCCAUGAUGGAACUAAAGCGUCGAAACGAUAAAAUCCUAAUUACAGUCUUUGUUGCCACGUUUAACAUGGGAAACAAGGCUCCAAAGGAAGAAUUUAAACAAAUGCUCAAAGAUGCAGCUGCCAAGAAACCAGAUAUUAUAUUCUAUGCAGCACAGGAAGCAGAUUACGGCUCCAGUUCCGUUGAAGAUUUAUUUAAUACCAUUACUACAACAUUGGAAAAUUCAUACUCGUGCAUUGUCAAGAGCAAUUUUUGGGAAAUGCGUCUUGUUUUACUUAUCAAAAAACGCUUGGAAGCUUUUGUAUCCAACGUUGUUGCAUCCACAGAAGCUACAGGUAUCCUUGGCCUUAUGGGCAAUAAAGGAGGUGUCGUCGCAUGCUUGAAUAUCUUCGAUUCACCUAUUGCUUUCGUCUCUUCCCAUUUGAAUGCUCACCAAGGCAACGUUCAGCGCAGAAACGAAGAUUUCAAGUCCAUCUGCACAAUGAUUGAUCUUGACAAUCCACCAUUCGACCUACUUUCUGGCUAUCACCAUGUUAUUUGGGCAGGAGAUUUGAAUUAUCGUAUCGACAAAACAUUCCAAGAGGUUGUUGAUGCUACACAAAGCCAAAACUUCGAUUCAAUGUUCCCAGAAGACCAAUUAAACAAGCAGAUGAAGCUUGGAAAGACAUUUAAUAGUUUCAUCGAAGGCAAAAUCAACUUUGCACCAACAUACAAAUUCAAGAAAGGAACUACUAAAUACGAUGCCGAAAGUAAGAGAAUUCCUGCCUGGUGCGAUCGCGUUUUGAUCAGAUCAUUUGAAGGAUUAGAGAGAACUUGCCUCUCCUACAGCCACCACGACUCAGUCACCACCUCUGACCACCACCCUGUCUCCGCCAUGUGGGAAAUCGAGGUAUGCAACACUCCGCCAGCCGCAGCCCCGUUCGCUUCUAUAAUUGGCGUCAGACCUUACGCAGAGAUCUCCAAUUUGACACUGGAUAUUGGUGCUCCGAUCGAAUCUGUCAAAUGCCAGAUUAUUUGGCCUUUCUCCGACUUCUUAAAUUGCGCAUCAGGAAAAGGCAGAAAGUACGUACAGUGGCCAGACGAUACUGUUCCACUGCUCGUCCCGACAAAUGCAAUCUCAACAAACCACCUCAAAACUCAGUUUGUCCACUUCGUUUUCAUUGUAAACGAGAAAACUGCCAUUGCAAUACUUCCUUUGCACACUGUACCCGUCGAUGUAUUCAAGCAGUUUAAGAUCAACGCAGAAUACAAGCUGGAACAUAUUGGAACUGUAAGUUUGAAUAUUAGAUUUGUCGUCGCUUCGGAAUCUCACAUAAAAGAACAGGCUUUGAGACAUCAGAAGGCUAAUGAAGCUCAUACUUUCCACACCUUGUAA